AUGACUCUUCAUUUGAACCCACCCUUCCGCGCGGACCACAUCGGUUCUUUGAAGCGUCCCGCGUCGUUACUGCAGAAACGGCGCGAGUAUGACGAGAAGAAGAUAUCACUUGAGGAGUUGGUAGCUGAGGAAGACAAAUCUAUCGACGCCAUUGUUCGUAUGCAAAACGAGGUCGGGAUCAAGUCUGUCACGGAUGGCGAAUUUCGAAGGCAUAUGUUCUACGACGGAGUCUUCGACAACUUGGAGGGAAUGAGAUACGUUUCUGAUGUUCCACUUGAAUGGUUCAUGGAUUAUGUACCCGAUACCUUUGCCUUCAAGCAACACUCAUUCAAGAACGCUGCGUCGUAUUUGUGUGAGGGCAAGCUACGCCGUACAAAACCAUUUUAUAAAUCCCAGUUCGAAUACCUGAAGAAGAUCACUCCGCCUGAGGAACACAAGAAUAUCAAGCUCACCAUGUGUGCCCCUGAGUGGUUCCACCUCCGACACGGAGAACAUGCCUAUCCGAAAGAUGUUUACGCGAAUGAUGAUGGGUACUUCGCGGAUAUCGCUGUGGCCUACCAAGAAGAGAUCAAAGAGUUAUACUCACUUGGAUGCCGCAAUAUUCAAUUCGACGACCCUCUCCUUGCUUACUUCUGCGCUGAAUCUAUGAUCACUGGCAUGGAUGAGGUCGGCAUCGACCAUGAGAAACUGCUUAGCACGUACAUCAAGGCAUAUCAGGCGUGUCUCCAUGGCAGACCAGCAGACAUGAACGUCGGUCUGCAUCUUUGCAGAGGAAAUUUCAGGGAUGGCAGACAUUUCAGCGAGGGCGGGUACGAUAGGAUUGCUGUUAGGCUAUUCACCGAGAUUCCUGUCGACUGCUAUUAUCUUGAAUACGACACCGAUCGAGCAGGCACAUUCGAGCCACUCAAGUACCUUCCGAAAGAAAAAGUCGUGGUCCUUGGUCUCGUCACGUCCAAAUUUCCCAAGCUCGAAGACAAGGAGGAGCUCAAGGCCCGCGUUCACGCUGCUGCAACUGUAAUCGCAAAUGGUGUUGAACCACGCUCCCAAGAGGAGGCUCUCAAUCAAAUUUGCAUCUCACCACAGUGCGGCUUCGCGUCUCACGCCGACGGAAAUCCGGUCACCGAAGCUGACGUGGUCAAGAAGCUGUCACUGCUGGUGCAAACGGCGAAGGAGAUAUGGUCGGACGCAUGA